CAACUCUUAUUGACCAGCCAUUUUCAGCGAUGGUGCGCAAGAAGAGAAAAGGAGUAAUUAAGGAGGCGCAGGCGGGCGGUAUUGUGGCCCCCAAUGGAGUAGAUCUGCGUCUGGUGCUAAAAGGGGUGCCUGUGAACGUGGAGCUACCCGCUGCGCUGGGCGGAGGAGACCUGGCGGCGUGGUAUGAGGCGCUGUGUGCUGCGCACUGCAGUCUUUACGAGCAACUCAAGAAGUUGCAGCUAUUUCGUUCCAAGUGUAAGUUGCUGGUAUCGGGCGAUGAAUCAGAUUACAGCAACGUAAGAACUUCAAUAUGGCGCCUGGUGUUCCGACUCAGCGCGGCGCUGCCGACGCAGCCGUUGCGCAAGAACUUGGGGCUCAUCCUGGACGUCCUGGCGCAGAGUGAAGGAUCUGAGUCCAGCGAGCUGCGGGUCGGAGCGGGUCAAGAGCUAAGGGCGUUCCUGGAUGCCCUCUGGACCGAAUCAGCUUCUCAGAAUCAGACCCCUGAACAGCGUGUCACUCUGCUGGACCGUUUGCUGCACCUAGUGGAGUUCCCGUUCCUUGCUCGCGUUCUAGUGGAAAAUCCAGUGACCGGAGGGGAUAAUGGAGAUGCUGAGCAUCUACUGCAGUUCGUGACGUGCUGUGCAGACCAAUUAGAAGCUCUGGGAGCUCCAAUUGUGGAGUAUCAUGGGGCAAAUCAGGAUAAUGACGACUUACAGGAAGAGAGCGAAGCUACAGCCUCAACGAAUGUGGUUCUGGUGGCUUCAGAACGUUGUGGCCACGCUCUAAAGAGCGUGAUCGUGCUGGCAACGAUGAAGGAGAUACUGGACAGUCGGUUGCAGCAGUGUCGAGGAACGAGUUUGGACAAAUUGACGGAGGCUUUCCUUCGUAUUGUGAAGCACUGCGUACUGCUGCUACAGACUAGUGUGGUACACAAAGAUCUACUCACCCAAGCAGGACUCGCCUACUGUUUAGUGCUUCGCUUGCUCCUCCAAUUGUCGAGUACUUCGACUAACGCGACCAAGCUGCUGCUACAGACUGCGUAUCCGGAGCUGAGUAUUAUCAGCUCUGAUACAUGCAAUAACGUGGAACUACGAGCACAUAUCGACAAGGACGUGGAGAACUUUGGAGACCUAUCGAGACUCGCAGUGUGUCGUGGCUUACUGAACAGUCUGAACACUGAUGAUCUCGCUCUUCCAGCUAAGAAUCUUGGAUUAAUCGAAAAUCUGAUGGCGGAUCAGAGCGUUUUGGACGCGAUUUUUACUGGUGUUCACCAAUUCUGCGACCAAGAAUCGUACAACACGCGGUUGUUCGCCUUCCAAGUACUGGAAGCGUUCCUCCGUCGUGCUGUGACGAUCUUACAGAAGCAGAAGAAGGAGCUGAACUCGAGUGAAUACCCUGCUGUAUUGGCUGUUGAGACUUUAACGAACCUCACGACUGCUGUGUUGUUGAACUGGGAACAUCCGUCCAAGAAGGUGAACCAGUUCAUGGCUGUCGUUUUCGCUCAUAUCGUCAACUAUUUCGUGCUUUCCGGUGGAUUCCAGGAUUGGAGUGACGCGAUCUUGUCACGACUGGUGGAACUUCCACCUACUAGUCGAGCUAAGUACGGAUCGCUGACGCUUUUGGUCGCUGAAGCUGGAGCCAAGCCAGUGCUUCAAGCGAGUCCAGCCUUACUGUCGUCUCUGCUCUCGGCUGUGGGCCAAAAAGACUACGCUGCGCCAGCCGCAGCGAAUUUAUUUGCACAGAUUCUCGAUGAUCUCAGUGGAAAAAGCACAAGCAAAAAGAAUGACUCAAAACCGGAUAAUGAGGCUGUGGCGGCUUGGCGUGAGUUGUGGCUUCCGGAUGUGGUUAAGGUGCUUCUAUCACGUGACGCUAAUCUUCGCUCACGUGUAGCCAUGUACGUGAUUCCUCUUCUACUGAAGAAAGACUCUGACUGUGUACCAGUUUUGAUCAAGCGUCUGCAAGUGGAAGGUAGGAAGGACGGAGAAUCUGCUGACGUUGCGUUGUGGGCGGAGCUGGAAGUGCUCAAGUUUGCACGAAAGAAAAUGGCUCCAGAGAAACUCGUUGGUGUGUCGAUGCACGAGAUUGAACGUGGUCUUCGUCACGCUAAGACAGAAACUCGCGGAACUGCGUUUGAUGCGUUGUGUGCGUCGCUUAAGUCGACUAGUAUGCCUUCGGACGAUGAAUUACGUUUGGUCAAGUACUAUUUAGCUGUAAACGGGAAGGAAAUCGGCCCCGCGGGCCGCAUGAACACGCUGAUUGGACUCAAGACGGUCCUUAUUCGUAUCAAGGAGACUAUGCGUCUCGCCAGUAAGAAUGCCUCCAAGUCUGGACAGGCUCGUGAUGAAUAUGCCGCUGCAGUGUCGUUCAAGCACUGGGUGGAGCUCUUUAUUGUGGCUUCAGUGUAUCCUGGAGCUCUUCCUCAGCGCUUGACGUUGGGUCUGGAGGUGCUUCUGUUGUACGUGCAGCUAUUUGGUCUCGAGACGGAUCAGUGUCCAAGUCUCUUACUUACGGGACAGAUGGUGACGACGCUGCUCAAUAUGCUCAUUAGCGCAUGGGAUUCCAUUCGAUCUCUGGCCUUCACGAUCCUCGACUUGUAUCCGGAUGAGCUUCCAGGUUAUUCCAGUCGCGAAGAACUCCGCAUUCUCGUGGACUGGGCGGUCGGACUCUGUGGCAGCCCUCGUCAACGUGAAAGCGAUGCUGGCGCAAUGUUCAUCCGACUACUGUUCCAGAAGUGCAGCGCAGCAAUUCAACGCUUUGGAUUGACGUUCCAGCGCUCAUUAGAGCCUGAAAACACUGCUACAGAAGUCAGCAGUGUCAACCCAGACGUGUCGUUCGUAUUGCAGCUGACACAAGUGAUUCUGUCGCGUAUUGGAGCUCUAAGCUCGGCAGAAAUCCAUCGAGGCGAGUCUCCGCUUGUACACGGCUUUCUACUGUCGCUGCAUUACGUACUUGACAACGUGGACUUUAGUACGCUGUCUAGUAGUGAAGCUGCGCAGUGGCCGAGUGCGAUGACGCAGAUAUUCACUGCUAUCCACCUGUCCAUGCGUGCAUCGCUUGCUGUGGUUGGAGACGCGACUUCUGGUGCUGGAGACGAAGAACUCUCGGCUUCGUUUGCUGGCGUAGUGGGCGAGGUUAGUGCUGUGGCUAAAACCACGAGUUCGGCGUUGCGAGUGGACUGUCGUGGCCAUCUAAUCAUUGAGAACGGCGAUGGUCUUGACGAGGAGGAUGGCAACGCAGAGCAACGUGCUGUGGUUGGCAGCUGGCUGGCUGCUCGUGAAUGUGGCGCUAUCCUCGAGUUGCUCAUGCGUCGUGUUCCUCUCCCUACUUCUAACCCAGCGUCGGAUAGCAUCACGUACUUUACUGUGGAUAUGGCGCAGCGUGGAGGCGAGACGUUGCUGAACUCGCUGUUUGAGCUCAAGCAUAAGGGCGCAGUUGCUACGGCUUACCAGGCGUUCGAAGGAGUCUGUCGCGCGUUCCUGGCGCACGGAGAGAAAAACCCAGUGCUUGGCGGCUUACCUGCACGAUGGGCUGAUCGUCUGUUGGAGCGAUUGGAACGAUCCGAGCAGCAUUUUAUCUUGCGUCGCAGCUCCGGCUUCGCGUUCAGUUUCGUGGCUAUUCUUCGAGCGGAGCCGCGCAAUUCUGCUGCUGUGAUUCUUCCUAAGGUCAUGUCGACGUUGUUGCGUCUAGCAGGAGAAGACACAGACGCCGCGGAGAAGCGGGAUACCCAUCAGGAACACCACUCGCUGUGGCGUGCCCGUGUCCACGCACUGAACAUCCUCAAGCUCAUUUGUCAAGACGGAGUGCUGGCGGAGGAUGUGGCUCGAUAUGUUGUGGACAUGUUCGAGUUGGCAGUGCGUGGCUUCGACUGUGGGUCGUGGGCGGUGCGGAACUCGUCCAUGAUGCUCUUCGCAGCGGCUACACAGCGUGCGAUUGGAGACAAGCGCAUUGCGGACGGAGGAACUCGUCAACAAGUCGCCAGUGACGACGUCUUCUCGCGUUUCCAGCAACUCCGUGGCUUCCUGGCUCGUGAGUUGACCAGGUUACUAGCAGACGACAAGAAGAGUAGUGCACUGGGUGGAGCUGCUCCGCCUGGACUGUACCCGUUGCUGCUGUUCUUAAGCCGCUUACGACCUGGUGACGAGGAUGAUCAGCGUGUAGCGGAUGCUCCUGCUUCUCCCUGCGACGGCACUGGACUGGCGAGCUUCGUUCCUCUGGUGAUGAAGUGCGCGUCGCAGCCGACGAUGGCCAUUCGACACAUGGCAGCCAAGGUCGUGGCGUCUAUCGUGAGUAACGCUGACGCUGCUUACGUGUUAUCCAUGCUCUGUGCCCGGCUUCCUCAAGGCGUUCGCAGUACCGAGGACCAGUCUACUGCGAAGCCUAUGUCACACAACUAUGUCCACGGAAUUCUCGCUCAGAUCCGCCAUCUUACAACGAAAUACUUGGCUAUUGGAGGUGCUGGAAAGAAAUCCACGCCUGUCUCGAAGGACGCACAAGCUGAGUUCCUGAAGGUCGUUGUAGCUAAGUUGCUGCCUUCUAACAUGUGGCUGUGGACAGAGCAGAAUGGAGCUGUAAACCCUGCUAUCCGAUCCGAGAUCGUCGCGACUGUGAGCGUGGUGAUGCGGUUCUACGCACAGGACGCUGCCAACGUGGUUGCGAUGUUGAAGACGGACUCAGAUAAAGAAACGUUGGUGCAAACGGCUCAACUAAUUCAAACUGAAGUUGAUCGGCAGUUGCUGCAGAGAUGUGACUCAGAUCGACAUGCUGCGGUGCUUCUGUCUACACGCCCGGGGAUGUACGUGCUGGAUCGUUCGUUGGUGGCGAUCUGGUUCAGCUUGUGGACUGGGCGACAACUGGAUGCUCUUGUGAAGAAGAUGCUAGUGUCUAACGUGCUCCAGAUCCGCAAAAAGUCAGUCAAGCAGUUCGCGAACAAGUUGGUGAUCGAAGACUGGACUUCGGAGUCUGUUGCUGAGCUGCAGUCGAUUUUGAUCGGCCAGUUCUUGACCGAGACACACCCGAAGGUGCGAGCGCGACAACUGAAGGUAUUGGUGCGUUGCCAGCUUCAUCAAGCGAUACCGGACUCUCAGACUCUACUCUCGCAACUACAGACCAAGCUAACGCGUACUCUAAGUAUCUCGGCGGACACUCAAGUUCUAGCGCCAGCGUUGGAGCUGCUAGCUCUCAUGGCUUAUCGCCAGAACACCGAGAAGAAUGCGCUGUAUGAGACUCUGUGCAAGGAGAUCGAGCUGCGGUCCGACGAGAACCAGCCUCUGAUUCUUCGCCAAGCUGCCGCCUCUGCACUCCAUCACAGUGGACUUCUGUUGUUGCAUUCUAAGCAGGACUGUGGUGGUGAUCUAGCGCUGGCUGGAUGGAUCAGCGCACUGCGACUGCUUCAAGACGACGAUGUGCGUGUGAGAGCUGGAGCACGUCACGCUGUACAUCAGGCUCUUGCUACGACAGCGGACACUCCAACUGCUUCGUUGUCUGAUGCAACGGUGCUGCCUCUUGCGGUGGAGUACAUUGCUGCCUGCUUCGCACGUACGGAACACGGCGCUGCUGCUCUGUCCAAGACGCUGUUCGACCUCAUCGACGCGCCCAGUGUCCUCGCGGCGUAUUCAGGCGCUGCUGGCGCCAAGGCUCAAGACUGGGACGACCUGUACCGCCGCAUCUUUGAGUCCGAAAGCAGCAACUACUUCGCUGAGAGCGACGUGCUGGCCCAGAACCUUGUGCACUCGUUGUUAGCGCGUACGACUGAAGACGGUGCGCCGAUGCGUCUCCUGCGCAAACAAGUGCUGACGGCUGUGGUUAGUGCGCUCAUAACUCUGAACCAAGACGCUCAGCGUUCGGGUCAGUGGCUUGGAGGCAUCACGUACUACUCGGACGUGUUCGCUCCCCUCUUCGGACUUCUCGCAGCGGGUGUAGCCGUCAUGACGUCGUGUUCGCUCGCGGAUGAGCUCCAGUCGCUGACGGAUCGAGUUCGUGAGCUUGCACAGGAAGCUUGCGAUAUUCACAACCAGGACGAUGUUACGCACCCUUUAAUGCUUCGAUCGCUUGAGUUGCUAGCGAACAAGGACAACAAAACCUCGACACCUACAGACGUCGAACCUGUGAGGGAGCUGCUGUACUUGACGCCGUACUGGACAGCCUUGGCAGAAUCGUGGACUGCAUAGAGUUUCGCAGAACUUUUAGAUAGACGCAGCUUGCUUUUCCUAGCUCUUAUCACCAAAACUGACGACGUAAUUCAGACGGUUGUAGUAGCGCACCAAAA